UCAAACCACGGGGCUCCUCACAGUAACUCAUUCAUAAAAAUAAUAAUUUCACAUCAUCCCGUUGGCUGGUAUCGGAUAUAGAUCCAAUAAAGUGCAGCUAAAAGAUUUAUCUAGUAGAUUUAUCUAGUUAUUACUGAUAACCCUUUUGCCUUUGGUGUCACUCGUCUGUCGGUUUUUGUGUCUUCACCUCUCAAUUCUCAAUUAUUUCCUUAUAGAUAUACACUGCUUUUUUCUGGGUUGGAUUAUAUUUCAGAUCUGAGAGAAAAAAAUGGGGAGGAUGGAUUAUCUGGGAAUGAAAACUGACAAUCAGGUUACUGCUGAGGUGAUUAACUCUGAUAUCAAUGAGCUUAAGCUUGCUGCAAAGAAGCUUAUUAACCACGCAACUAAACUCGGUGGUCUUGGCUUUGGAACCUCUUUUCUCAAAUGGGUUGCCUCCUUUGCCGCUAUUUAUUUGUUGAUAUUGGAUCGAACAAACUGGAGAACAAACAUGCUGACUGCACUAUUGAUACCAUAUAUAUUCUUUAGUCUUCCAUCAGUACUGUUCAACUUUUUUAGAGGAGAGGUUGGAAGAUGGAUUGCUUUCAUUGCAGUUGUACUAAGACUUUUCUUCCCGAGGCAUUUCCCAGAUUGGCUGGAGAUGCCUGGAUCAUUGAUUCUUCUUCUGGUUGUGGCACCGAGUUUCUUUGCAGAAACGUUGAAGGACAGCUGGGUUGGUGUUGUAAUAUGUCUUAUUAUUGGCUGUUACCUAUUGCAAGAGCACAUUCGAGCAUCCGGCGGAUUCAGAAAUUCCUUCACUCAAACCAACGGAAUAUCAAACACUGUUGGCAUUAUCCUUCUGUUGGUGUACCCUGUGUGGGCACUGGUAGUCCACUUUAUUUAGGUUCUCUUAACAGUCUAUAUAGAGUGUUGAAAUGUCUUUGCUCCACAACUUGAACAAAACAUAUUAUUUACAUAAGAGUGUUGAAAUGUUUUUUUCUUUUUU